CAUCAUUUACAUAUUUAUUUUUCUCUUUUCUCUAACGUGUACCUCUUAGUUUGUCUGGCUCUUUUUCGAUUUAAAUAUAGCCGCAUGUCAUGGCAUACAACCGCCCACAAAUUAUGACAAAACAUGAUGCUCUUGACCUUGACACUGUUGGGUGAAAAGGGGAACCAUUUUCUUGUGGCUAAUAUAAUUUUUUUAAUCGAAAAUUUACACUUCGAGUUCAUAAUUAUAGAAUAAUAUAGGCAAAUAUUAUCACUGUUAAGCUUCUAGCAUUAUGCCUUGAAAUUUGUAAGUUAAGAGAGUCUAAAAAUAAUUUUUAAAACGUAUACGCCGAAAUAAACAUUUAAACAUUUAAAAUAAAUUUCCCAGUUGUGACAUAUGUAAACUACACAUACGUAGAAUUUUAUGUAAAGGUUUCCCAAAGGAAAAGCGACCUCUAUGCUAUGGAGACCGAAAGCAUUUAACAGUACUGUUAAUUUAGCCAUGUUGUCAGCUCAAUUUUCUGCCAAGUUGCCAUAUAGUUUUUCCAAUUUUACCGUUGUCUUGACAACGGUUUUCACUUGGUUUUUCCCGUCAAAGGAAAAAAGAAAAUAAAGAAUAAUAAUCAAAACAAAGGCACAAUGUUUCGUCGUGGAAAACUGUCUUUCUUAAAUACCAAAGACGAUCGCAUUAAAAUCAUAAAUGAACGCAUUACGCUGACCGAACGCCAUUUAAUGGAAAUGUGUUCAUCAUUUGCUUUGGUGACAAGGAAAAUGGCCAAAUAUCGCGACUCCUUCGAUGAGCUGGCAAAGGGCGUUAAAAGUUAUGCCGACGAGGAGGAAAUAAAUGAUAGUCUGUGUCAAGGACUCAAGAGCUUCACAAAUGCCGUAACCAUUAUGAGUGAUUACAUGGACAUUAAUGUCCAUCGGCUGGAGCAUAAGAUUGUUAACGAGCUGGCCCAAUUCGAGCAUCUGUGUAAAUCCACUCGGGAUAAUCUACGUCUGGCUGUCAUAGCCAGGGAUAAGGAAGUGCUACGUCAACGCCAGAUGCUGGAGCUCAAGUCCAAGUUUUCCGCUAAUAAUAGUGCUGCCGAUUCAGAGCUUUUUAAGGCCAAAAUGGAGGUGCAACGCACUAAUAAGGAGAUUGACGACAUCAUUGGAAACUUUGAACAGCGCAAGUUGGGCGAUCUGAAGAGGAUCCUCAGUGACUUUAUCCUGAUCUCCAUGAAGCAGCAUACCAAGGCACUGGAGGUACUCAGUGCCAGCUACUACGACAUCGGAAGCAUUGAUGAGCGCGACGACUUUAUGGAGUUCCAGAAGCUGAUGAAGACCAAGGAGGAGCCAAUUCCUCGCAAGGCGGCCCUUAAGAAAGGUCUACGCUCACAGUCGAUGGAUAGCCUAGAGCACGAGCACCUGGUCAGUCCGCUGAAAAGGCGCCAGAAAUUGUCCAGGAGUAGCAAGAAUCUGGCAGGAGGUGGAAUCAAUCAUGGGUCUAGGACCGAACCUGAGGAGGAGAGUGACGAGCAAGAUGAUGAGGACGAUGAUGAUGAGGUAAAUACUAAUAGUGGCGAGGAUGAUGACGAGGAAGAGUCCGGCACUGCCACCGAUGACGAAGGGAGAACACCCCCAGCAAACCACACAGUUACACCCCGGGAGAAUGUAUUUGGGGCCAAGACACGGGCCCCUGCCGGCACACCAUCGACCAGUACCAGUGCCACUAGUGGUUCUAUGAAACCGGCCAGGCAGACGGUGAAGCAUCCCUUCAAGGCGGUGGCCUCCACACAUGUAAGACUGCAAAAGCAGUUCCAUGUGCCCCAGCACUAGCACUGAAACACGGAAAUUGGGACUCUCUCAGUUAACUAGAGUAACUAGAGAGAAUAUUAUCACAUUACAGUAUUGCCGACUAUCUGAGCACAUAUCAGAACUAUUUACAUAGCUGUUUGCUGAACUGAAUUAUAAAUUUAAUGAGAAAACAAUUAUUGCUUCUGCCUUCAAGUAUAUAGCAGUGAGCAGAAUUUAGCAUUUAAGACAAUAUGUUAGGGUUUCUUUCAAGUGGUUAAGGCAGAAUUAAGAAGUAUUAGUUCGCUAUAUCAUUCAUUUUUGCUUUAUGCCAACCCACUUUUUUAAGAAGCAAACCUGAGCUUACAUAAAUCAAUAUAAUUCAUUAAAGUUAUAGUUAUCUGACCUUCAGUAUUUCACCCCCAUUUUAAAGCUACUUGUUAUCUCUCAGUUUAAGUUCCAUUAAAACUUAAUGUUUACAUCAAAUCAUGCUAAAUCAAUUCUACUGGCUAUUUUAAUUCGGCUUCCCUUCGCUCCUUUAUAAAUAGAUAUGUCAAAUAUAACAUUAGCUUAAAGACAUUACUGAUUUGCAUACCCCCUUUAAUGGUCACGCCUCACGAUUUGCAUUAUUUGCCCCAAAUAAACAAGAAUAAAUGUAUGCAUAGCAUAACUAAUCAUGCGGAAAUGACAAUAUUCUCUACCACCCUUUUCUCUUCUUUCUCCCAAAAAACAAACCCCUUCUCUGCAGGUGAGAAGGCGGAAAUCGGGAGCAGGUCGCCAGGUAACCAUUGUUAAAUCGAAAUCCUCAUCAAAGUCGACCUCAAACCACCAA